GAAGACUGCAGACUCCUCUCACAUUGUCCAAACGUCCAGAAUAGCUUAAGUCCGCCAAGAGAUCGGGAACUUUGUUCUCAAGCAGAGAAACGUGAGGAGGGUGGCUUCCAUUGCUCGGAAACAUUAAAUGAUUUAGAAAUGGAAACCUGCAAAUAUAUGGAUGUAUCAUAUGUUCCCGAGUCAUCCUUUGUCCCUGAGACUGAAAUUAGUAAUGGAAUGGAACUGGCUUCUAGAACUGUGUCUUACACUAAUGUUGCUGAAACAACAGAAGUUUCAGUGAGUUGUGAGUUAUCUGAGGACCUGAUGGCAGUUGAAGUAAAUAACUCUUGUGAAUUUAUACAUAAAUUAGUUAAUACUUCAGAUAUGUUAGACGGCACAUGCAGUAUUACUGCAGAAGCUUCUCAUAAAGAGGUAGAGAAUUCUCAAACUGAGUAUGAUGAGGCUGCACCAAGUGGGCAUGCAGUGAUGGACGAAUGCAGCCGCAUGAAUUUCACCAAAAAAUCCUUUUCCAUGGUUAAAUUGAAGAACGGUGCGACCACUGAUUUAGUGCACGAAUCAUGGAGAAAACUUCAUGACAGUCAUGCUGAUAUAAAAAAGUAUGUUGACUUAGAGCCAAAAGAUACUACUGAAAUUUUGAAAUUUACUUCUAGCAUGAGUGAUCUUAUUUCACAAGCCGACUUACUGCUUUCCAAGUGUCAGAUACAAGAUUCUUUGGAGCUGUCAAAGAUCCCUUCCAAGGACUCAAAUGCAUUCAGCUGGUGUGAUGAGCAGCUGCAGAUGGUUGACACUGUUUCCCAACAUGGAUUUUGCUUGUAUGCUAAAGAUAUUGAUGCCAUAGGAUCAAAAAUAGGUUUCGAGAAUAGGGUGGAUUUGAGCCAGGAGAUGCUGUCUUCCUCUUCUAGUGCAAUGGCAUUUGGUAGAUUGCUUGAACGUGAUGCUGGAGCAAGUAGCACUUCAGUUGACGGAAAGCGUUUGGAAACGAGCCCUUCAAAGCAUCAACUUGCAGUGAAAAGGGAAGUGAAGCCAUGCCUUUUGGACAUCCUUAGGUCGAUAGUCCCUUCAAGAUUAUACUUGGCCCUGAAGGGUGCUGCAUGUCAUGAAUAUAUUUCCUCAUUGGGAUGCAUUUCGAGAUCAGAAGCUUCCCGCUUAUCAGUAGGCAAGGGAUUGACGGGAAGACGGAGGAAACGAGGUGCUCACCAUUACUUGAGUACUGGUGCACUGACAUUAUCCCCUGUGGAUAUUUCAUUGUUGGGCCAAUAUAACUUCAAUGGAAAGUUAUCAUCCAACUGUGGUUGCUAGUUAGAAAAAUCAUACCGAUUACCGAGGAUAACUAACAGGAUGGACAUGGUAAUCUCCGAAGUUAGUGGCCUUGGCUUGAAGCAGCUGCCAUGGAUAAUUUUAAUGGAGCUGAAAAAUUAGAGAACUGAGCUGCCAACGAAACACAAUAUCAUUCGGCAAUCAGCAGUUGGUAAGUAUUAGAUAUUAGUAAUAUUUACUGGAAAACAAAUGUCUGGAACAGCUAUCGUUUAAGUCUUACGAACACAUGAAUGUAGAUUAGAAAUUCAGGGUGUGAUUCCAUCCAUUCUCCUCAUUGUAAAGCAUUGUCAUAAGAAGUUGUGAUUAUGGUAAGCGUUAGCUCAAUCCAACAAUCAACAGUCUUUAGAGUGUGACAUGCAUAUUUUAUUUGUGUGCUUUAAAGCAAUUCUAUAUUAUUUUAUUCCCUUUACCAA